GCAUUGCUGGCAGCUCCUCCCUGACCGGACAUAACGGUCCGAACACGGAUCCUCGAACCGGAAGUGGAGGCGAAGUGUCGCGGGGCGCGCCCGGCCUUGCUCAACAGCCGGCAGUCUCUGCCGCCACCGCCACCGCCCUCGGCAGCUGCCGUGGCCUCCCGCAGCCGCCAUGUCCGCCAGCGCCGUCUACGUGCUGGACCUGAAGGGCAAGGUGCUCAUCUGCCGGAACUACCGCGGCGACGUGGACAUGUCAGAGGUGGAACACUUCAUGCCCAUCCUGAUGGAGAAGGAGGAGGAGGGGAUGCUGUCGCCCAUCCUGGCCCACGGCGGGGUCCGCUUCAUGUGGAUCAAACACAACAACCUGUAUCUGGUCGCCACUUCCAAGAAAAACGCAUGUGUGUCCCUGGUGUUCUCCUUCCUCUACAAGGUGGUGCAGGUGUUUUCCGAGUACUUCAAGGAGCUGGAGGAAGAGAGCAUCCGAGACAACUUUGUCAUCAUCUACGAGCUGCUGGAUGAGCUCAUGGACUUCGGCUACCCCCAGACCACCGACAGCAAGAUCCUGCAGGAGUACAUCACUCAGGAAGGCCACAAGCUGGAAACAGGGGCCCCGCGGCCCCCGGCCACCGUCACCAACGCAGUGUCCUGGCGGUCCGAAGGCAUCAAGUACCGGAAGAAUGAGGUGUUCUUGGACGUCAUCGAGUCUGUCAACCUCCUGGUCAGCGCCAACGGCAACGUCCUGCGCAGCGAGAUCGUGGGCUCCAUCAAGAUGCGCGUCUUCCUCUCGGGCAUGCCCGAGCUGCGCCUGGGCCUCAACGACAAGGUUCUCUUUGACAACACGGGCCGUGGCAAAAGCAAGUCCGUGGAGCUGGAGGACGUGAAGUUCCACCAGUGCGUGCGGCUAUCACGCUUCGAGAACGACCGCACCAUCUCCUUCAUCCCCCCCGACGGCGAGUUUGAGCUCAUGUCCUACCGUCUCAACACCCACGUCAAGCCCCUGAUCUGGAUCGAGUCGGUGAUUGAGAAGCACUCCCACAGCCGCAUCGAGUACAUGAUCAAGGCCAAGAGCCAGUUCAAGCGGCGGUCGACAGCCAACAACGUGGAGAUCCACAUCCCUGUGCCCAACGACGCGGACUCGCCCAAGUUCAAGACGACGGUGGGCAGCGUCAAGUGGGUGCCCGAGAACAGCGAGAUCGUGUGGUCCAUCAAGUCCUUCCCGGGCGGCAAGGAGUACCUGAUGCGGGCCCACUUCGGCCUGCCCAGCGUGGAGGCCGAGGACAAGGAGGGCAAGCCCCCGAUCAGUGUCAAGUUCGAGAUCCCCUACUUCACUACCUCCGGCAUCCAGGUGCGCUACCUGAAGAUCAUCGAGAAGAGCGGCUACCAGGCCCUGCCCUGGGUCCGUUACAUCACUCAGAACGGAGAUUACCAGCUCCGGACCCAGUGAGGGCCACCGCAUCCCACGCCCCGGCCCUGGCCUGGGGCUCCUGGUGGACACACCUGCCGAGCCCACCUGAUGGAGGAGCACUCCCUGGCCUCUGGCUACCCUCCCGGCCUCCGCCCAGGGACCCCUCCUUCUCCAGGCCACCUGUCCUGCGUUGACUCUCGCCUCAAAAGCCCCUUUCCCAGAAGAGGCUCGUCUUAAAGAAGUCUCGUCUGUUCGCCCUCCAGUCAGUUUCGGGGGAAGGAAAUGACAUCUUCCCCUCUGGACAUAAACUACAGCCUUCUGUGCUGUUGCGUUCACGGUACCAAAAAGCUCGUCCAGCGCUCGCCAGACCUCCCGUUGCGGUGGCAUCCUGCCGCCUGGGAAAGCACCCGCCGCGCCAGGCCUGCAGGGCCGUCGUUUGUUGCCAUUUUGUUGCCCGUUACAGGCUAUGGGUGUUUCCAGAACUCGCCUUUGUUCAUUGUUGUUUGUGUUACCCUCACCGUCCCGUGUCCCCCCACGUCCUAAGGCACUCAGGCAGCACUUAGCGAGGACAAGCCCUCGCCCUCCAUGCUUGCUCAGCGACAGGGCCCCCUCGGGGCCCAUUUACACGUCAGGCCAGAGCCCGGCACUCGCUGGCCUCCUUGGAGGCCCUGGCCUGACUCUCAGGCUCGCCGUGGCGCCUUCCCGGGGCCAGCCUGGGCCGCGCGGCGCCGCCACUCAGCCAGAUCAGUGUUUGCCCCCAGGGGAAGUGGAGCCCAGUGAGGGGUGCUGGCCUCAGCCAUCCUCCUGCCGCGGGUCCAGAGAGCGGGGGACGCGUGUCCCACCCUCCCCACCCUGUGCGUGUUCGAGUCGUGGUUACAUUAAAUUCCAUUCAUUAAAUAC